CUUUCGCAAAAAAAAUAUAGUUUGAUGAAGAAGAGGAAAGCAGUGACAUUUGAGCAGGCGACUAGUAAAGCAUUGUAAGAAAUAUCUCCUAAACUUGCGUAGUAAGUAACACGGGAAUAAAUAUAAAAGCAUCCGUAAAUCAUGUUGGUUGAUUUGUUUUUAAAGAAAUUUCGGGUCUGUUAACUUUUCAUGCCUUUUUUUGGAGAGAAAUUGGAUAGAGUGUGAUGUCUAACAAAAAUGUGAAAGAUGGCGCCCAAUGUAGCCGCGAUUGCCGCAAAGUGUUGAUAAAUUACACAAUAAAGUUAUCUUCUUCUUUUGCGGUAUAAAUCGUGAGAUAUAACAAAUGCAAUUAGUGCAGAAAGUAGCGAGGAAGUGUGAGGAGGAUUUUUUUUUGAGAACACUAAUUGUUAUUCGCUGGAGCCAUAGGCAUCUGAAUAUUUGUCCAUAAAUUGGGCAAAUAGUAUUGCAGUAAUCAUAUAGCAAAGCAGAUUGGUGUAUUAGAUAUAAUAUUGAAAAAGUGACAGAUAUCCAGCAUAAAAAAAAGAGUAAGGAAAGAAAGUACUGCGAGGUGUGGGAAUCAUGUCGAGGCAGUUAAUGGCUGUUUGCGUUGUUUGUUUAAUAUGUGCUGAUCACUUACCAUGCAAAGAACAUGUUGUUGGCCAAAUUGUUCAUCCUAUACGCCAAGACAUCUCUUCCAUGUCGCGAGAAUCACCAUCUUCUCAUGGACACGAAUUAGAUGCUAGAGUAAAAAGGCAUACGGCAAUUCGACGAAUUGAAGAGAUUGAACAUGAUCCGGGAAGGUAUUUUGUCAAACAGCUUUUCAAAAAAUAUGGCAACGAAGCAGAUAUGACCAUGACUCUGGCUGGCUUUGAGAAUAUGCUGGAACAAUUGGGUCUUGUAAAAUAUCUGCAAGAAAGGAAUCCUACAACUGAAGCAAAUGCGGCAUCUACAAAUGAAACCUGUAUUUCAAGUGGAGACCUCAUAGAAAGGGUUUCCCGUGAUAAACCAUCAAAGUCCAGUGAUGAAUCUCUGAAGAGACACACUAUUCAAAUGACUGAAUUUGAUUUUAAAACGGUCUGUCCCAUUCUCUUAUAUCAACUUGUAGCUAAGCCUACUUCUAUAGAAAGCUUAGGCUGUGUAACGAUAGAUCAACUAUCCAAUGAUCAUCAUCACUUUACACAAGCUGAUAAUUUAAUGGCCGUCAAUGAAGAUACAACUUUAGUAUGGAUAUAUGCGUCACUAUCAAUAUUAGGAGUAAGCUUGUGUGGACUAUUGGGUGUUGCUGUGAUUCCGUGCAUGGAAAAGAAGUACUAUCAUCAUAUAUUGCAGUUUCUUGUGGCUUUGGCCGUAGGAACACUGUGUGGCGAUGCUCUACUUCACCUAUUGCCUCACGCAAUGAUCAGCAUUUCACAUCAGCAGCAUCAUGCUGACUCUGAGGAUGAUCACACAAGUAUGACGCUGAAAGGAUUAGUGGCCGUGUUAGGUAUUGUAUUCUUUUUUGCCACUGAGCGUGGUCUAACUAUGAUUGCUGAAUGGCGAAAGCAAAGGCAAAAGAAGGAAAAACCACCGUCCCGUGUGCGAGUGAUGCGUGAUCCUGAAUCAGCAUCUCUCAAUAAUGCCACAGGUGAAAAAUUGUGCAAACAUAAGUACAGCUCCUAUCCCUAUUGUUACGAUGAAAUUGCAAUGGAAACCAAGGAUGACCAUCAUCAUCAUCAUAAUAAUUAUGAAAAGCCUGGAUCACCUAGUAGUCAAAAGGUGGCACAUAGUCGAAAACACAAUUCCAUUUUGCCAUUCGGACGGCACCAACCAGAACAGCAGCACCAGGAGGCUCUCAUGCAAAACUAUUCCAUUUCAUCGGCAUUGAGUGAGAAUCACAAGGAACCAAAUUCUGAGAAGGCUGAUGUGUCUGAAGAAAUUUCACAGUCUGUCGAUGACACCGUGGUCAAAAGUGAACCACGACAUGAACACAGCUAUACAGUGAUCCUCAGAGAGCAUGAAUCCCAGCAUCACGGUCAUUCCCAUACACACGGGCACGUGCACUCGCCACCGAGCUCUCUCUCUGCUGUUGCCUGGAUGGUUGUUAUGGGCGAUGGAUUACACAAUUUUACAGAUGGAAUGGCAAUAGGUGCUGCUUUCUCCAAUAAUAUUGCAGGUGGAUUUUCGACAGCGAUUGCUGUCUUCUGCCAUGAACUUCCACAUGAAUUGGGUGAUUUUGCGGUGUUGCUAAAAGCAGGAAUGUCUGCACGCCAGGCUGUCUAUUACAAUUUACUUUCGUCGGUAUUGAGCUUCCUGGGAAUGGUUCUUGGUGUUCUCGUUGGUGAUACUCCUGAGGCGUCUGCGUGGAUCUUUGCUGUGGCAGCUGGAAUGUUCCUGUACAUUGCUCUUGUGGACAUGAUGCCUGAAUUGACAUCCUCUCACCAAGAAAGAUGUGCAGUAUCCACUUGCUUGCUACAAGUUUGUGGUAUGCUAAUGGGUCUCUGUAUUAUGUUGCUGAUUGCACUCUAUGAAAAUGAUCUCAAGAGCAUCUUCACAGCUGAUCAUGCUCACAAUCAUCCCUUUAACUAUCAUCAUGAUCAUCAGCAUUAAAAACUUCUUUGUUGAUGCGGAAGAAGAACGAGCAGAUUAGUCGAAGUCGAAGUGUAAGUGAAUGUUAGGAUUUUUAAUUAUGUUUUUCUUUUUUAUAUAAUUCAGAAAAUGAAGAAGUAGGAUUUUAAAAUUUAUUUUUAUUUUAUAUUUUGUCAAAUAACAAUAUUGCGUGAUUUAGGUAGAAAUAAUAAAAGUAUAGUAGAAAUUGGUAAAGACUAAGCGUCAAAAUAAUAGAAGUGCUUAGAGUUUUUUUUUUAGUUUUUAUACGGAAUGAGGGAUAAAUAUACCAAAAUAUUUACAGUCAAUUAAAAAAAAAAGAAUGAUAGAAUCAGAAAACUGAUGUAGGCAAAUAUGUGAAAAUAAUCAUUAUUCAGUAAAUUCACUACCUAAAAUGAAAUUUCAACAAGGUAUUUUUAUGUUAUACUUCCAAAAACUGAAUUUUUAUUGCUAAUUUUAAGUAGAUUCAACUAAUUUUAUUUAACACAAUUAUUUGUGAGAAAGGGAAGUGUGAGUAGUUUGAGAAAAACUUAAUGCAAAGAGAAAGCUGCCAAUUUUCUUAGUUUAGGCGAAAAAAAAUAAAUUAUGUAUUUUUCAAUUUUUUUUUCUUGAUUCUUGAAGUAAGAUCAUCAGAAAAUACAAGUUGAUUUUUAUCAUUACAAAAAAAAACAUAAAUUUUUUCUUUCAAUAAAUCAUCUCGAAUUAAAAAAA